AUGCUGUCUUUGGGUCUUAACAAACCUUCUCUAUGGAUGAAACCGCUAAGAAUGGCUUCGCGUCGUCUGGUCUCGACGGUGAAAACUAACGCGGCCGAAGAGCAGCAAAUCCUGAUCGCGCAGCGUAAAAACAGACCUGUGUCGCCACAUCUUACCAUCUACCAGCCGCAGCUAACGUGGUACUUGUCGUCACUGCACCGUAUCACAGGUGUGAUUCUCGGUUUGGGCUUUUUCACCGCAACAAUCGCGUUCGGCGUGUCCACGGCGUUCGGACUAGGGCUCAACUCCAACAACUUGGCCAAAUGGUACCACGAAAAAGUGCCCUUGUGGAUGGACUGGACUGCCAAGGGAGCUGGUGCCUACUUCUUUGCGUUCCACUUUUCCAAUGGUAUUCGCCACUUGAUCUGGGAUACAGGCCGUGCACUUACCCUAAAGGGAGUGUACACCACUGGCUACGCCGUUCUGGCGUUCAUGGUUGUUGCCGGUACCUCAAUGCUCACCUGGUAA